UUGGCCCUCCAGCGACAAAUCAGCGAGUAUCAGCUGCAGAGCGUAGUGAGUCUGGGUCCUCUGUCAGCUCGUGCAUGAGUCACUGAAGAUACUGAAGCUGUCAGUCAAGAUGAGGAGGCUGCCGGUUGUUAUUACGGUGUUACUAACGGUGGGGCUCGCUUAUUACGUUUACAUCCCGAUGCCUGAUGGCAUCCAGGAGCCGUGGAAGCUGAUGAUGCUGGAUGCAGGAUUCCGAACAGCGAUGCACCUGGCCUCUUUGAAGGCUUGGCUGGGCUACGACCAUUACAUCAACUCAGUCAGGCAGUCCACAGAAGGUUUAGAUGGCAUGCUGGAGGGGCUGGGCAGUUCGGAGUCUGGUGGAGAGGUCCUGCCCGGCGUUAAAGUCAGUGACAUCACUUUUGCUGGCGUCCCUGUCCGUGUGUACGAGCCCCCGGCUGGAGGCGAGGGUCAUCUGAGGAGAGGGCUGAUGUAUUUACAUGGAGGCGGCUGGGCCCUCGGCAGCACCAAGAAGGGGGCUUAUGAUACAAUCAACCGGAUGUUGUCCGACGAGCUCAACACUGUUGUGGUCUCUGUUGAGUACCGACUGUAUCCAGAGGUGCACUUUCCUGUGCCGUAUUUAGACUGCCUCAAUGCUGCCAAACACUUCCUGUCCCCAGAGGUUCUGGCCCGGUAUGCCAUCGACCCUGAGCGUGUGGCUGUGGCGGGUGACAGUGCUGGAGGAAACCUGGCUGCUGCGGUCUCUCAGGAGAUUUCCACAGAUGACACCAUUGAAGUGAAAUUCAGCGUCCAGGCGUUGAUCUACCCAGUCGUCCAGGCUCUGGACUUCAACACACCCUCCUACUUGCAGAACCAAUACAUCCCCAUCCUGUACCGGUCCCUCAUGGUCCACUUCUGGCUGCAGUACCUCAGUAUUGACCCCGUGCUGCAGCCCCAGUUUAUGGCGAACAACCACAGCUCCUUAGACCAGACAAACAUCACCCCAGAGCUGAGGGCGCGGGUAGACUGGACCGUCCUCCUGCCCCCCAAACACAAGAAGAACUACAAGCCUGUGAUUGUGGACAAAGGCUUACAGGGGGUGGCGAAGGAGGUGCCGGGGCUGCUGGACGUCAGGGCGUCGCCGCUGUUAGCAGGACCCGAGGUCUUGGCGAAAUCCCCUCGAACAUACAUGCUAACGUGCGAGUAUGACGUGUUGAGGGAUGAUGGCCUGAUGUACGCACGCCGCCUGCAGGACGCGGGCAUCACAGUGACCAUCGACCACUAUGAGCACGGCUUCCACGGAUGUUUCAGCUUCAUAACCUGGCCAAUGGACUUUGAAGUAGGGAAGCAGGCACUCAGGGGUUACCUCAACUGGCUGCAGAACAACUUGUAAGAGUGUGUAUCCGUGUGUGAGAGUGUCUGUAUGGGUGCAUGCAAGCGUGUGUGUGUUUCUCUGAAUGUGCACUAGUCCUUGCUUUGUGAAUCAUUGCGUGCUAAGGGCUAAUACAUCCACUCUUUGUUUCAAAAUAAAUAUGUGCAUCUCAAUAAAUUAUAAUAUCAUAGAAAGUUUAUUUAUGUCAGUAAUUCAAUUAAAAAAGUAGAAAUAACACAUUAUAUAGAUCCAUUACACACAGAAUGAAACAUUUCAUGUCUUAAUUUAUUUAGUAUCUUCUAAUUAUAAUGAUUAUGGCUUACAUUUAAUGAAGACCUUAAAUUCAGUGUUUCAAAAAAAAUAUGAUACUAUGACUUGAACUAUUGGAAAUUGACUUUUCCAUCAUAUUCUAAUUUAUUGAGAUGCACCUGAAAGCUCAGGGCCCUCACACCACCUCGGUACAUAUGAAGUUCACGUGACAUUUGGAAAUUCUUUCAAGUCUGUUAGAAGUGUAACCUGAGAAGGGCAAAUAUGUUAAUGUUACAUGGCAACACUGUGACCAACUAACAGAAAUAACUCAAUAGAUGCACAGCCACAAGCUUUCCACUAAUGGACACAUUAAUCAGUAGGAACCACAUCAUUACACUGAUUCCCAUCCACGCCGCAAACACAUUUCACAAGAGUUAUAAUUGAUUUUAUACUGAACUUUCAGAAUAAAACUAAUAAAAGUGGUUUCAACUGUUUCACACUUUCCUCAUGAAAAACAAACCAUUUAUCUGACACAGCAAGUUACAUUUUGUCCAACCACUUUGGGACAAGGUGAAAUAUCUCAACCACUAUUGGAUUGAUUGCAGUUUUGUACAGGCGGUCAUGUCGCCCAAAGGAUUAAUCCUAAUGACCCAGGUGACCCCGACCUUUCCUCUAGCGUCACUACAAGGUUCAUAUAUGCAGUUUUCACUGAAAUGUGUUGACAGCUGCAAGAUUCAAGAUUAUUUUUUAUUCACUUGGAUUUGGUUUUUCUUGCCCCAGUUAAAACUGUUUUAUUUAGAAAUUAUCAAAUAACAACAACUAAGCGUCCUUGGGUUUUUAAGCAUCCUUGGGUUUUUUGAAAGGCACUAUAUAAAUCUAAGCUAUUAUUAUUAUUAUUAUUAUUAUUAUUAUUACUAUUAGUAAUAAUAAUAAUAAUAAUAAUAAUAAUAAUUACUACAUGCACAGCAGGCUACACCGUAGGGGUUUUGGCCACGUCCUCUAAUGAUACCCAACUAAACUUCUGUUCCCAGGAUAAUUGAAAUGUUCAUUUCAGCUAAUUAACUUUUCGCUUUUUUUGUCAUGGGCACCUGAUCAGUACUGCGCAUGUGCAACGCUCAAUAGAGAUAACAAUGAAGCAAGAGGGCUCACUCCUUUUUCCAUCAUCAGCUCUGGUAAAAAAUAAAAAUGGCAUGAUGCAAUUGGCAUGAAAAUAUGACAUGCACCUUCCUGUUCCCCUCAGAAUCAUUGUAAUAACAAUCCAGCGCCAUAAUCAGGUCAAAACUGUAAUUUGCUUCCAAACUAAUGACAUUCCCACCAGCCUCAGCGUUCACUUUUUAUGUUAAAUGCUAAUUAUGAAACAUAGUAACAUGCUACACUGAGAUGGUGAACAUGAAUAACAUUACCUAUUUAGCAUCAUCAGGUUUUGACUUGUAGUAAAAAAGAACAAUGUAAACAUCAAACAUGGGCUGGAUAACAUUUGUAAUUUAUAUUUUUUAAUAGAGAGUUUAUACCCUCUCCUGUGGGCUUCUUGUGUGUUCAUGCAGCGGUGGUAAAUACAACGAGAAGGGGAUGUCUUCCCUGUCAGACGAUGCUUGACAAUCAUUAGCAAAAUGCACUUUUUACUUAAGUUUCUUCCCAUUUAUUCAGAUGUUCUGUGUUUCUGAACAGGGCAUAUGUUUACCAUGAAUCGAAUGUUUUGUGAUUUAAAUGUCUCAAAAGUAAUAAUUAUGCAACAUGAAUGGAUCACUUAAGUUGCUUUCAUUUAACAAUAAUAGUCCAAAAAAGAGUAAUAUAUCAUGUUACCUAUGAUCUGCUCUGUUGGGUAUGCACUGGCUAAAGAUAUGUCAGAAGUCUACAAAUAUUGAACAACUCCUAAAUGUUGCAGGACAUCUGGUGCCACACUUUUUUCAAUUACGCAUAGUUAAACUGAAGGGCUUCUAAAUUAUGUAAUCUUUCCUCUUGAUUUAAUUUUCCUGUCUUAUAAACAUAUUUUGUGGGACACAAACUUCCUCCGUGUCUCUGCUCUGUCCGCUGUUGUGAUUUAUGAAGUCAAUAAAAACUGUGAAGUCAUA